UUCUACUGAUUCGGAAAUUACAUUUUCAAAUUGCAUGGACAAGGUUCCGCGAGGAUGAGAGAACUAGGGAGCAAAACCACCUGUCAUGGCAAUUGGAUAAUGCGAAAUGUCUUAAGCUACUGCAGUCGUUACGAGAAGAGCAGGAGUUGCUCUCAGAGAUGCGGAAGGAGUGCCUCCGACGAGUCGGAUACCCGCGUGACCAAUUACUAGCAUACCACGAUAAUGCAGAUGACGACUAUGUAGUAGGAGAGUAUGACGCUGGACAAAAAUUAUCGUCCGGUUUAAUUCAACCAGAGCUCGUAAACCUAGAAUCAAAUGUACCAACGCAUCUACUUGGCCAUCACUUAGGACCAUUACCCAAUCGUCGACACUCAAGACAAAAAAUUCAUCACAUAACCAAGGCCAAAAGUAGAAAGAGGAAAAAAAAGCGAAGCAAUAUGACGUUGCCCGCUGAAAAUAUCAACUCUGUCGUCAGUAACAACGAAAAACAGCCAAUAAAGGUUAUAUCCAAUGAACCGAGACGCCAUGCAACCUUAAGCAUUAUCUUAUGCUUAGUGAUAGUGACGAUUUUCAGCCUGCUUUUUUUAUACCUCCAUAAAAGAUCCCAAAAGCAGUCCAGCUGCGAUCCUUUCUUCUGCCCUUCGGACACCGAGCGCCCCCGGAGUAGCUUCACGGAGACCGACAAGUGCACCUGCUGCACGGACUCCCCGAUCAACGGCUGCACCGGCAUCGAGACCAGCUGCACAACAACAUCUCGGGAGAUGAUUCGCUCAGCACUCAAAAAUCAACAGCCAACAUCUCGCCAAAUUUUCAAGAAGAGCCGAUUCAAGUUCACGAGGAAGACGCGCAAAAAGCCCACACCCCCGCGCAAGUCCUGCCGCUUCAAUGAGCCAGACUUUAAUGAUCUACGGAGGAGAAUCGUGUGUGUGCUACGCAAUGACUGUGCCAAUUGCAAAUAUUGCAGGUGUAACGGGAGCGAUGAUCGGCCAAAACGCAGAAGAUUCGGGCUAUUCUCAAGAAAAAAAAAAAUUUUAUGCAAUGACCCACGAUGUGACGAAUAUAAGAUGAAACAUAUCUUUGAUAUCUGUAAUGAAAUAAAUCGUAACAGAAAUUCAACUACUAAUAGAGAACGAAAAUCAGCUUUAAAGUAA